AUGGUGGAGACCUGCAGCCAAUCCCUAGGCUUCCAGCUGGGGGAGAACCAAGGGAGCCAGGCCUUCCUCAGUGAGCAACCCAGCCAGGACCCCCAGCACCCAGGGGCCACACCCCCACAGACCUCCGGUCUCCAGGAUCUAGACUUCGAAGACGUACUGGUCAUGAGGUCAUCCGACUGGUUCCAGCGAUCCCCCCGAGUGGACAAUGACACAGUCCGCAAGCGAGACACGCAGCCAUGCUGGGACUCAGAGCCCCGGUUUUCACAGGAUAUUCUGACGGAGCAGCUCUGGGAGAUUUUUGCUGGGACCCAGGACCAGGGGGAGCGCCCGAGACACAGGACAACAGACCAGACACCAGACCACGAGAGCCAGGAGCCGGGACCACGAUACUUGGGAGUGAAAGUGCUUCCCAAAGACACUCUGGUUUUCCUCCCACCCACGCCCUCCCCCAGUUCCUCUGAGGGCUCCCGAGAGGGAAGCCCAGGCCUGGGUGCUAUAGGACAGGGGAUGUCCUCCCACAUGGCCCAGGAGCUUGCCAGGAAGACCUAUCAAUUUCUGAAGCCCAUAUGCUGGGACCCCGAGGACUUUGAAAACACAUGGAAUAGGCCUGAUGCCUUGCCCUGGCAGUCCAGGAAGCUGGCCGUCCCACACAGAGUGGAGAAGAUGCAGAGACUAGAACACGGGGAGCCCGUGCUGGCCACGGCCAUCAGCAGCUUCACCCGGCACGCCUUCACCUGCGGCAGGGGUGGCGUCAAGGUGUGGAGCCUGGUGGGCCAGGUGACGAAGGCCAGGUUUCCAGAGAGCUUCCUGAGAGUAAAGACCCCGGGGGCCUACCUGCGCACCUGCCUGCUCUUCUCAGACAGCACGGCCCUGCUUGCGGGCGGCCACAACCUGGCGGGCGUGAGCCUGUGGGACCUGACGGCGCCUUCCCUGCACGUGACAGCCGAACUGCCCUGCGCGGGCCUCACCUGCCAGGCCCUGGCUGCCAGCUCUGAGGACAGCCUGGCCUUUGCUAGCUUCACCAACGGCAGUGUCAGGAUCUGGGACCUGCGGGACUGGAGUGUGGUCAGGGACCUGCCGGGACAUCUGAACGGUGCCAAGAGCAUUGCUGUUAAAGACCAGCACGUCUGGACGGGGGGUCUGGACGCCUGCCUGCGGUGCUGGGAUCUGAGGGCCACUGGGGGGCCCCAAGAAUACCAGUUUGAAUCUCAGAUAAUGAGCCUGUCCCCUAGCCCCCACGAGGACUGGGUGCUGGUGGGCACGGCCAAUGGCCAGCAGUGGCUGCAGCCCAGCCUCGGGGGCCAGAAGCGCAUGGUGGGGUAUAAGGACGGCACCAUCCUUGGACUCAAGUUCUCCCCUGUGGGCCAGUGGUGGGUGAGUGUGGGAACAGACAACCUGGUUAGCAUCUUCAGCAUGCCCACAGGGACCAUGGCGGUCCAGGUGCCCGAGAGAUCCUCUGUCAUGUGCUGUGACGUGUCCCCCAGCAGCCACCUGAUCGUCACAGGGUCCAGGGACCACGCCUCGGUGUACCAGCUCACAUACUGA